AUUCAUAUAUAGAAUUGUUUUGUAACCAAUUAGGUAGCAGUACUUUAAUAUCUGAGGCUAUUUUCGUCAGACUAAUUAUGGUUUUUUUUUUGGAGGGAGUGGGAACAAAAAAAUCGAUACAUGAAUGACGUGACCUCCAUUGAUUUCGGCGAACGAGCUUCUUCCCUCUCUCCCUCUCACAGUAACUGUCUCUUGGAACCAUUCCUCUUUCACUAGUACCUUCAACAAUGUCUGCUACUAGGUCACAGAGAUCAUCCACGAUCUCGCCGGCUCGUCCUCGUAGAUCGCCGGCGACUAUUCCGAUGAAACGUCCCGAAACUCCUUCUUCCUCUCACUUUUCUGCCUCUCCGGCUACUUCUUCUAGUCCAUUAUUACGUUCUAGUCCUAGUCCGUCUACUUCCUCCGCCGCCGCCUCUGGUACGGUUGUUGCUUCCACGAAACUGAAGGAGAAUAUUACAGUCACGAUUCGGUUUCGUCCUCUCAGUCCACGAGAGGUCAAUAAUGGAGAUGAGAUUGCCUGGUAUGCAGAUGGAGACUAUACUAUUAGGAAUGAGUACAAUCCAGCUCUUUGUUAUGGAUUUGAUAGGGUAUUUGGUCCACCAACCACUACUCGGCGUGUUUAUGAUAUUGCUGCUCAACAAGUUGUUAGUGGGGCAAUGUCAGGGAUUAAUGGUACUGUGUUUGCUUAUGGAGUUACUAGCAGUGGGAAGACUCAUACAAUGCAUGGGGAGCAAAGGUCACCUGGGAUAAUUCCGUUGGCGGUAAAGGAUGUAUUUAGCAUUAUUCAGGAGACACCAGAACGGGAAUUUCUUCUUCGUGUUUCGUAUCUAGAGAUAUACAAUGAGGUCAUCAAUGACUUACUAGAUCCAACAGGGCAGAAUCUAAGAAUACGAGAGGAUUCUCAGGGAACAUAUGUUGAAGGUAUAAAAGAUGAGGUUGUCUUAUCCCCUGCCCAUGCUCUAUCCCUAAUAGCAUCUGGAGAAGAACACAGGCAUGUUGGUUCAAAUAAUGUCAAUCUUUUUAGCAGUCGGAGCCACACAAUGUUCACCUUGACUAUAGAAAGCAGUCCACAUGGAAAAGGAGAUGACGGCGAAGAUGUUACUCUCUCACAAUUGCACCUUAUUGAUCUUGCUGGAUCUGAAAGUUCUAAAACUGAAAUAACUGGACAGCGGAGAAAAGAGGGAUCUUCCAUCAAUAAAAGUUUACUCACUUUAGGCACUGUUAUAUCUAAACUAACAGACACCAAGGCAGCUCAUAUACCCUACAGGGAUUCUAAACUUACGCGUCUCUUGCAGUCAACACUAAGUGGUCAUGGACGUGUAUCACUUAUCUGCACUAUCACACCUGCAUCCAGCACAAGUGAAGAAACGCACAACACACUAAAAUUCGCUCAGAGGUGCAAGCAUGUUGAAAUCAAAGCUUCACGAAAUAAGAUUAUGGAUGAAAAGUCCCUUAUAAAAAAGUAUCAGAAAGAAAUAUCGUGUUUGCAAGAGGAACUUACACAAUUGAGGCGCGGAAACCAAGAAGAUUUGGCUGAUCGAAAACUUCAGGUUAAACUUCAGUCAAGGUUGGAGGAGGAUGAAGAAGCCAAAGCAGCUCUGAUGGGAAGAAUUCAGCGAUUGACAAAAUUAAUCUUGGUUUCAACAAAAAGUUCACUCCAAGCUGCUUCUGUAAAACCUGACCAUAUAUGGAGGCAAGCUUUUGGAGAGGAUGAGCUAGCAUACUUGCCCGAUAGAAGACGGGAGAACAUGGCUGAUGAUGGUGCUGUAAGCACAGUUUCUGAACAUUUGAAGGAGCCGAGAGAUGGAAAUAGUAGUCUGGACGAGAUGACAAAGGACAGGAAGAGGAACAAGACUCGUGGAAUGCUUGGCUGGCUAAAACUGAAAAAAUCUGAUGGUGUGGCCGGGACAUUACCGACUGAUGGUAACCAGAGCCAAGCAAGUGGAUCUCCUUCAUCUUCUUCUAAGUGUGCACAAACAAAAACAACCAGAAGAGAAAAUGCAGCAGCUAUCAAGUCUUUUACAGAAAAAACUGUUGCUGGAGACUUAUUCAGUACUACUGUUGGACCAGGAGACCCUUAUCCGAUUGGAACUACUAUUGCGGAUCAAAUGGAUCUUCUUCAUGAGCAGACAAAAAUACUUCUUGGAGAAGUAGCAUUGCGUACCAGUUCAUUAAAUCGGCUUUCCGAACAAGCCGCUUGCAACCCUGAGGAUUUCCAUAUCAGAGAUCAAAUACAGAAAUUAGAAGAUGAAAUCAGCGAAAUUAAGGAUCAAAUACGUGUUCUCGAGCAACGAAUUAUUGAGAUUUUCGGAAUGACUCCCUAUGCCGCAGAUUCUCUUGGAAUGUCCCAGGUUCUGUCAAAGCUCACAAUGCAACUAAACGAGAAAAUCUUUGAACAUGAGAUCAAGUCUGCAGACAAUAGGAUACUUCAGGAGCAGUUGCAGAUGACUAAAUCAGAAAACGCUGAGAUGCAAGAGACAAUCAUUCUACUAAGACAACAACUAGAUUCGUUAGCCGAGAGACAAUCAACACAGCAAAUCGCAGGAGAUGAGUCAUCAGGGAAGAAUACUCACAACAGAAAUUGUGAGGAGUCAGAAAUAUACUCUGGAGCAGGAACACCGACCAGCGUGAUGAGUUUAAAUAGAGUAUUUGCUCAGGAAGAGACUAAAGAGAUCAACAACGAAACAGCUCUCAACUCUCAGGCAUUGGAAAUAGAGAAUCUGAAGAAGGAUAAGAUGAGAUUGAUUGAGGAAAAAGAUGAGCUUGGAAAACUUAACAAGAAACUCACCGAAGAAGCUUCUUAUGCUAAAGAAUUGGCGUCUGCAGCAGCAGUAGAACUCCAGAAUUUGGCUGAAGAAGUUACCAGACUCUGCAAUGAAAACGCAAAACUCAGCAGGUGAAAAAGUUUCAGGUCUCUCUGUUGUUGCUCGGAGACUCCAGAUUCAAGAUAAAUGCUGCAAAGUAAAUCAUCAUGAUUGACCUAUAAUGCAAAUCUCAGACUACUUGGAAGGUGUUGAUGUUGAUCCAUCAAAGGGAUCAAGAGAUCAUGAUGCUCCCAAAGGCAAUCCAGAAAAACUGGUUUGUAUUGCUUCGAUAGUAUUUUGAUUCUAACGUCUGAUGACAAACACAUGAUGUAAAUAAUUGAAUAUUCUCACAAAUUUGUUUUCUUGUUUGCAGUGACCACUAUUUUUGUAUGUUCGUCUUAGGUUGAAUCGAUGAUGUUGCAACAAGUUCCAUAGUUAGUUUUUCAGCUUAA